UCGUUGGAAAAUAUUCAGUUUCAAACACAAAGUUUCCCAAUUAUUACCUAUUGGUAUAUCGCUUUUCAAUCAGUUUGGUCUUCCUUCAUAUCGAGACACGGAUUCACACACGUCUCUGAGAGUACUUUUUGGACCCAGCCGAAAUGACAUCGUCGGCAAGCGGAGCAAGCCAGCCAGAUACAAGAGCUGAGCUUGCCGAGCUGAUCAAGCAAAAGACAGAAAUUGCUGACAGCUUGGCGAAUCUAGAACGUCAAAUCUACGCUUUCGAGGGUAGUUACCUGGAGGAUACGCUAGCGUAUGGUAACAUCAUACGUGGUUGGGAUGGCUACUUAUCUUCCAAAAGCAAUCAGAAAGGCGAGCGGCGCAAUCGGAAGUUCAAGGAUGCGGAGCGGCUCUUCUCCAAAUCUUCUAUCACAUCUCAUGCUGCGGUGAAUCAGCAGGACUCCAGCGCGGCACAACGACACGGUUACGCCGUCAGCGCCAGCGGCAGCAGCACCAGUGACAUGCCACCGCCCAUGGCGGCCACCUCGGAGGGCACCGCUACGUCGGCCACGUCGAGCAGCACGCCGAUGUCUGAGCUACGCGACGACACGCUGGUCAUGAUGGCCUCCGGGGCAGACCCACUGCUGGCCGCCUCUACGGCGGCUGGCGAGGGCCUGCCACCCGGGGCAAUGUCACUGUCCGGCGACGCUCUAGCGGCGGCCUCCGGUGAGCUUUCGGCACAAAUGAUGGCACAUUCGCACAAAGGUUCUCACAAGAAGAAGAAGAGCAAGAAGCACAAAACGGAGUCGAAGAACGGGAAGAGUCAUAAAUCUAAGCAUUCCAAGGGAAUGUCAUACCCAAGCGCGGUGCAGUAACGUUAGGGUUUCUGACCGCCCCUUGGCUGAUGCUCUGGUCUGUACCUCUACUUUCUCACCGGCCGUCCAGUUUUGGGUGAUCACAUCCCGCUAUACUAGUGAUGUUGCCUUUUCGGUGUCCUGUUGAGAAGAUACACGUUUACUGUGAUGCUUGGGAAAACUACAGCCUUCCAGCUCAGUACAUGUACGGUGUGUGUACUGCUGUUGCGCGGUUUACACAAUCUUGUUACAUACAAUGUCUGCUGGCUUGGAAUUACCCACUGUCGCCGUGCUUGCCAGGCGCUACAUUCAUGGUCUGGUCAAGCAGCAGCGGCAGCGUGCUCAAGUCUGCACUAUGAGCGCUGAUUGGAGAUCUUCUGGUGAUAUUUGGACGCGGUGCUGUAGCCGCACGCUCGUGCCUGUGCAACCACGCGCGUGCUCUGCAAGCCGUGAUCAUGUUGAUGCGGUGUAGUACCGUAGGGCAUAGCCAGCCGACCGACCAGCAACUUCCACCGCAGGUCUUUCUGCUUGUCCGUGCUGGAAGCCAUGCCAGCCGCUGUACACUGUGCUGUAUUACCCUAUACUGGCCUCCCUGGGUAGCUGCUACCGACCGUGUGCUACGGACGCCUCUGACAUUAGCUUAUUGCCAGCUAGACUGUGCUGUUGUGGGUACCAUCGAGUGCACUUGUUGUUCCGUGCUCUCUCGCUUUGCUCAGCUGUCUGCGUGCAGUGCAACGUAAACAGCGAGCUGCUGCGAGUCGCUUGCUUGUUACGCCACGGGGACUUAAUACUGUACAGUGCUUUGCUUAUACCGGUAAUAAUGUUCUUUUCAAUGUUUAGUCUGUGCCUGGCGUGAGCACGGCUGUACAUAGCUCGUGUGUCACGUUGAAACCAUCCUCUUUUUUGCUCGUGUCGCAUUAGCAAUCGUGUAAAAACAUAAAAUAUUGGAAUUUUUAAAUACUUUUUUCCAUUGCCUGUACAGCAUGUGUCUACAAUUACACAAAGUCAUGUAAGUCGUUAGCUUCAUGAACUACAUGUCUCAUUGUCCAUAUUUCAUGUACGUAUCGAGUUAGUGGACCAAAUGUCCACCAUGAUUUGUACAGUGCACCAUGCCAAGAAUUCGUAAACAAUCUCUUUUCGUUCGUCCCUCUUUAUAUUUGUACUUUGUACUGUUGAGGCCACGAACUGAAACGAUAAAAACCAAACCAAACCAAUGCCACGGCAAUGGUUUUGUACUCUUGA